UAAAUAAAGUUUUUGGAGGCGUGUUCUAUUUUUUUUUUCUGUUUCAAAACUAUUAUUUAAACAAAAAAUAUUAAAAUACUAGUAUUUCACCAUUUUUUUUUAAAACAUGAACUUCCUGUUGCAACGACUCUUAACCUGACUCGCGGUGUAUAAAAUAUGUAGGCCUAAAAAUACCUCUACAUACUUCUUUCCAAAUUAUUCAAGAUAAGGGUCCUAAAACAAGAUACGGCCAAAAUGGAUUUCAAGUGGAUGCUGGAUGAUCGAGGUGCAUCAUUUUAUUCAGACACCAGUGUAAUAAUUCCACAAUGCAUUCUGGCUACUUAUUAAUUUUGCCGGUGGUGAUACUUUUAUGGAUAUCGAUCAUUUUAAUUAUUAAAAAUAGCUUUAUUUCUAAUACGUCCAUCGAAGUAAAUAUUAUCGAUCAAAAAAGUUUUAUGAGUGACAAAACAGUGCAAAAAAAGAAAAUUAAGUAUCAUGUCCCCAAGUUCAUGCUAGAAUUGUACGAGCAGAACAAAGGUACACCUAAAAUGGAUUUAAAGGCUGAUUUAGUGAGAAGUUUAAUUCCAUCACAAGCAGAAAAAUACCACAGUAGCGAAAUACUGGAGGAAUUAACAGAAAAUCAUUUGCUAAUAUUCAAUUUGCCUCAGUCUGAAAAAGAUGAGGUCCUUAUAGAAGCAGAAUUAAAAAUAUUGUCACAAGUUCAAUUUGACUCAAAGCUGGAGAGUGGGGUUAAAAGAAGUCUAAAAAUAUCCAAAAUAGAUGAAAAUAGCAACUUAAACUCUUUACAAGAAAUUCACGUACAUCAUUUUAAUAACACAUGGAUUUCAUUCAAUUUAACCAAAACAGUUCAAGAUUGCUUAAAUAGCCAAUUCAAGUAUUUAAAGCUUGUUAUUUCCAUAGAUUCUUUAUAUCAUGGCAACCGUUUUAAUUUAUCUAUAUUACCAGUGAUUGAUGAAAACGAUAAUCAUGACUAUCCACUUUUAUUAUUGUCAUACUCGACAACGACUAAUAAAACCAACCGACAGAAAAGAAGUCUAGAAGAAGACUAUGAAGACGACCCAAAUUUAGUAUGGAACGUAGAUUUAAAAAAAAAUUUAAAACGAUUUAGAAAAAACCUCUGCAAGAGGCGACCUUUAUAUAUCGACUUUUCGGAAAUUAAUUAUGACAUGUGGAUAGUACAGCCCUCCGGCUAUGAUGCUUAUCAGUGCCAGGGCAGAUGCUUCUAUCCUGUAGCCGAACACCUGAAUCCAACCAAACAUGCGAUAAUGCAAGCAAUAAUGCAUAGUAUGGAUCCCGCGAGGGCUUCUAGAUCAUGUUGCGUUCCCACUCUGUUAGACUCAAUUUCGAUUCUGUAUGUUGAUGAUAAAGGUGUACUGACAUAUCGAUAUGCUUAUAAGGAUAUGGUAGUAUUGGAAUGUGGAUGUAGAUAGAACAAUAUGUGAUACACGACUCAUGCUUCGAUCAGAUCCGCUCAUAUAGAAGGUUAUUUAUUGGACAUCACACCACAAUAACUCAUCCCAAGAUUUUUGCUCAUUUGAAUCAUUUGAACACCUAAUAAUUUGGACCAGAGAAAAAAAAGAAGAGCAGCCGACCAACAACAACCAACAAGAAAUCAUCUAAGCUACGUAGGAACUCCCUGCUCGUUACAACAAAACUCACCUUCUAAGCUACCGCAAAGAUAAAAUUCGGAACUGAAACCUCCUUAACCAGCAUGUUAUCCAAUCCAACGACCCAUUUUCAAAGAACCAACUUGUCUAUCUGACAAGUAAGGCACAUGCUUCAAGAUUUUGAGCUGUGAGAUGUAGGACAAAAAACUC